GCCUCCGGUCUGGACAUUGAUAUCGAAACAAACAUUCCUAUGGAUAAUGUGAUGAAAGCCUUGGCUCAGGUCCAGAAAGACAACCCGUCGGUCACCGUUAGCUUUCCGCUUGAGGUCCAGGAUGACAGCUACGGCUUAAUUGACGAGUUGGGUGUGAAUGUCCUUAAAUCUGCGGUCAGUCACGGCGUUAACGUCGAUAUUGUAAACCCGAUGGCAAUGGACUUCCCGGCCAGUGGUGGGCGUCCGUGGGGUGAAGCCGUCAUACGUACGGGUGAUUCAGUAGUCAAACAAAUGAAGAAAAUAUGGUCACAAAAGUCGGAACAGGAUUUAUACGGGAUGUUAGGGAUCACGGCUAUGAUCGGAGUCAACGACAAUAACGUAGUGUUCAGUUUAGACCACGCAAAGCAAUUGGUCGAGUGGGCCAACCAGAAACAGAUCGGUCACCUUGGUUUCUGGGAUAUUAACCGCGAUAAACAGUGUAGCGAUAAUCAUAAGCCAGGUGCAUCGCCCUCCUGUUCAGGGGUUCAACAGCAACCUUACGCUUACACUAAGGUUUUUAUGGGUUUUAAAUAAAUGUUUUAUUAAUUUUUGUGCAAAUGUUUUUGCUUUUGAAAUAAAAAUAUUUUUGAAAAAGG